AUUCGGGGGACCAGCUUCAUCCGACUUGCGCAAACUCCAGUGGAAACCGGCUUUCACGUCAUCAGACCCCCUUCUCUUGCGACAAUCGUCUGCAUGUGGCCGGCAUUCCCUAUCCGCCGCCUGACUCGCAGCAACUCAAGCCUCGGACCGGCCCUGGUCCGCCGAAUCCGCGUCUCCAUACCUCCUCCGAGCAACUCAACCGGUGCCUUGCGAUUCUCGACUGAGACACCCAUGGCCGAUGCAACGCCCGAUGGCGGCCUCGUCGAGCGAGGGGGCAAGCAGUACAGGCCCAUAAAAGAAGGAAGAGCGACAAUUCUGGUGCCCCAUGACCCUAAAUCGAAGAAGACCGUCACCGAGGAGCAGCAAGUCUUCUACAAUCCCAUCCAACAGUACAACCGCGACCUGUCGACUCUUGCGAUCAAGGUCUAUGGAGAGUGGACCUUGGAGAAGCGCCUAAAGAAGUUGCAAGCAAAGCAUACGGAGAAACAGGGCAAAGGAAAGAAGAGGAAACGUGGCGAUGAAGAGCCUGUUCAGGAGACUGAGACCGAGACUAAGGACCCGUCCGGAGCAGAAGCUACAGAAGCGCCUAAAUUGCCUAAGCCAACCUUCAAGAUUCUCGACGCUCUUUCGGCCUCGGGCCUCCGUGCCAUGCGAUAUGCUCACGAACUGCCGUUCAUAACGUCAGUCACGGCAAACGAUCUCUCAGAGUCGGCUGCCAAGUCGAUACAAGUCAACAUCGACUACAACGGCCUGCAAGACAUCGUCACCGUGACAAACCAGGAUGCUCUCGCUCUCAUGUAUCGCGCGAUUGCCGAUGACCUGUCGAAGCGUGAUCGAAACGGGAACCCUGGCAAGGCGCACAAGUUCGACGUCAUCGACUUGGAUCCCUACGGGACGGCGGCACCCUUUUUCGACGCCGCGAUCCAGUCUGUGCGCGACGACGGCGGGCUUCUGUGCAUCACCUGCACGGACAGUGCCGUCUGGGCUGGGCACAGCUACUGCGAGAAGACGUAUGCGCUUUACGGGGGCAUUCCUCUCAAGGGGAUGCACACCCACGAGGCGGCGUUGCGUUUAAUCCUCCACGCUGUAGCCUCUUCCGGCUCCAAAUAUGGUCUGAGCAUUGAGCCAAUGCUUUCGUUGUCCAUCGACUUCUACACCAAAGUCUUCGUCAAAGUCACUCGGUCGCCGCAAAAGGUCAAGUUUUUGGGCGCCAACACCAUGCUGGUGUACAGCUGCGACCAGGGCUGCGGCUCAUGGGAAACCCAGCCCGUUCUUCGGAGCAAACCGGCGCCGAAUAAGAAGGCAGACGGGUUCUUCUUCAAACACGGCAUGGCUUUGGGUCCGACGGCUGACCGCUUCUGCCGCUAUUGCGGUUUCAAGAUGCACCUGGCCGGGCCCAUGUACGCGGGCCACAUCCACAACCAAGAAUUCAUCCAGCGCAUCCUCGACGAGAUACCCAAAGCACCCACAGACGUAUACAAGACCCUGCCGCGGCUCGAGGGCAUGCUACGCACCGCGCAGGAGGAAUACCUACCGGGCCCGGGACCGCAAGAAGGUGUCGACCGCACCGAGGCCGCGCUCGCCACGCCCGACCAUACGCCAUUCUUCGUCAUUCCGGGCAAAGUAUCUAGCAUCAUUUCUAGCACCACACCCAACGACGACAUGUUCCGUGGAGCCCUCCUGCACUUGGGAUAUCAGGUUGGACGGAGUCACUGCCGCCCCGGUGCCAUCAAGACGGACGCGCCGUGGUCGACGAUAUGGUGGAUCAUGACGGAGUGGAUCAGGCAAAAGUCACCGGUCAAGACGUCGAAAUACAAGCCAUCGAUGGCGGCAUGGAAAAUUCUGCACGAUGCUGGGAUCGUUGGACACGAGUCCGCUUCCCCAAGCAAGGAUGAAGGGGGAGACGGCGACGAUCAGAAGAUGGAGGGCGUUGAGGCGCAACCUACGAGGCCGGAAGCAGAAGAAACGGCUGAGCAGCGCAACGGAAAGAGCGCACCUGGAGCUGGCGAGGUGUCCAGGUCAGAGGACCAGGAGAAGCCGCUGCCAAGUGAGGAUGAACUGCGCAAGACGCUCGUGUUUGAUGAUGCGCUGGCAAGGCUGGGCCGCACCAAGGGAGGGCAGCGCUAUGUGCGCUAUCAGAUGAAUCCGUCGGCGCACUGGGGGCCUAUGACGAGAGCCAAGGGCAAUUAAUAAGUAGCUUACUGGACGGUUUGUAGUCGUCUGCAGGGCACGGAUCACACUGCCGAGGCCGUGGCCUAUUUGUAUAGCACCAGGCUUGGUCUUUGUCAGCGUCAUUUAUUGCCCAGCAGAUGAUGGUUGUUCCACCAGUUCCGUCCUAAGCAAGGUGACAACUUGUGGCAAGUAUUUUUGAGACACACAGUUGGGCCUCGACUGUUGUGUGCGGUGCAGGGAGCGUUGCCAGACGAAGCUGAGACUCUUAUCCCCUGUUGCGGCCCUGGCCAUGUAGAUUCGUAUAAGUACGCUAUAAACUCAUGAUGGCUUGGAGUCAUGUCGAAAAGAUGC